UAAAGACAUGAUAAAACUAAAAAUUUGGAAAUAUUUCUUUCACACUCUUACAACUUGAGUAAGGGUCUAGUUGGCUUACAAAUUCCUAUAAAUACGCCGAUAAUGUUUAGGCCACGCACACAAAUUAUAACCGCGAUAUAGGAAAUAGUAAAGCAGCGAAGAGGUCAAUAAAUGCAACCGCUGCUAAGUGGUGGUCGUGUCCGAUACGGGAAACACCCUCUUUUCUAGUUGUAUAUGUUCCUCGUACUCCUUUUAAUUAAGUAAUGGGUAUGCGAUAAGCCAGGGACUCGAUUUACAGAUUUCUAUUGUUUUAUGUAUUAAUAACAGUAAAGCAUUUUUAAGUGAUAGCUAUGUGAUUUAAGCUUAGUACUUAAUGAAUAAUAUUUCGUAUAUAAACUUAAUGUUUUAUAUUCGUUACUCAUAGAUUAAAGGAGUACACUUUGUAUACUCUGUCCGUCUGUGUGUCCGACCGUAUGAACGUCGAGAUCUCAGGAACUAUAAAAGCUAUAAAGUUGAGAUGCUUAAUCUCCCCAGACUCCAGAGACAUAUAGGCAGCGCACGCCCACUCUAACGCCCGCAAACCGCCCACAACUGCGACGCCCACACUUUUAAAUAAUGUUUUGAUAAUUUUUUUGAGUAACGGGUAUCAGAUAGUCGGGACUCGACUACAGCGUUCUCUCUUAAUUGUUUUAAAUUCAAAACUGGAAAUAGUUAGCAAACCAAGUAUAAAAUGCUUUAAAUGGUUUUGUAAAAUAUUCUCGAUGUAUCAUAUAUCAUAUAAAUAUAUAUCAAUGUAAUAACUCCUUCGACUACAUGAGAAGGAUAAACUAAUAUUUAUACUUUUACUGUAUAUUUAAGUCCCAAAACUUAAUCCAUUAGAGGUGUUUAUCCAAAGCAAGAUAGCAAAUGGCUAAACAACAGACUACUAUACCGUGUCCCUCAAGUAGUUCUGCUAGAUAUAUUUUUGUGAAAACACAAUAAAUUUAUCAGCGUUACAAUAUUAGUGAUUAGUUAAUUGACGCAAACCAAAUGACGCGCACCGCAUUUGAAGAGUUAAGGGUUCAGCUACGAACCUUAAGGUGGCUUGGAGUCCUGCGGUUCACUAUCGACUUUAAGAAGUGCUUAGUGCAGAAUAAUGCUUCUGAGGAGCGCAAUGCCUGGCUGUAUUUGAUGGGUGUCGUGGGAAUCACGUGCAGCUUGAUCAUAUACAGCACCUACUAUCCCAGUCACUUUAUUAUGGGAAAACACAACAGUACAGGCAACUGCUAUGCCCUAAUCAACGUCAGGUCCUGUUCCGUUGUUACAAUGCUGAUCUACAUUCAGCUCUAUAUUCAACGCUUUCGAUUCGUCACCCUUUUGCAGUCCAUGUUACAAUUUAACAAAAUCUCUGGAAGUCACAGAAAAGAAGGAACAUUUGCAUUCUACUAUUUUACACAUCUAUCCCUACUUAUCAUUUGCAUGCUGAACUAUGCUCACGGUUACUGGACAGCAGGUGUUCGCUUGACCACAAUUCCUAUUUAUCUGCUUCAAUAUGGAUUUUCCUACCUUAUUCUCGGUCAGAUGGUUGUCCUGUUUGUCUGUAUUCAACGAAUAUUACUUUCGAUUUUAAAGUACUAUAAUCAAGUACUUCUUAUAAAUGUUGAAUCAUGCAAGCUGAGUCGCGAAUUCUAUGACAACUUUUGCAAACACAACCAUGUAAUGUGGCUAAACUAUAUCGAGAUCAAUCAUUGUUUCGGUUUGCUGCUAUUGCCCGUAACCGGAUUUAUUCUACUGAUCACCCCGUCUGGACCGUUCUAUCUGGUAUCUACAAUAUUUGAAGGACGAUUUCUUCAGAAUUGGCGAUUUGCCUUCAUGUCGCUAACUGCCAUACUUUGGAGCCUGCCAUGGAUAAUUUUGCUGGUAUUAGCAAUGGGCAGGAAUGAUGUACAGAAGGAGGUUAGUAAAGUAGUAUACUAAAAUACUGU